ACAGCUAUGUCCCCUCCCCCAUCUCCGAGUAUUAAUGUGGAUCGAUGAUGUCAUACCUGUUUACUGCGGGGUAAACAAUGAAAUGAACUUUGUUAGGAGGGAAUCCUCCCCUUGAGCGCAGAUGCUGAGUGACCACAGGUUAAAUUAAUUUGCAUUAGACACGGCCACCUCAACAGGUCGCAAUUUGGAAAGGCCUGUCUGCAUCCUUUUUUUUUUUUUUUUGUAACCCUCAUUUUGGUUCACGAAGAUGUUGGGGAUCCUGGAGAUAUCGGGUAGGUGUCUCAGAACAGAUGUAAUUGUUUAUGUGAGAUCAGUACAGAGCCCGCAGAACAAAAGCAUCCAGGAGCGGCGAAGCUCUGGUCCGGAUCACCCUGCAAUCACCGACAUCAUCGCUAUGGAAAGCAGAGAGGGUGCAAACGUACCCGCACAGGCAGCAAACGCCCUGGUUCCUAUGCUGCCGCCACUACUAUUAACUGUGGCGGCUGCUUCUUCAACCCAGUCAUCUGGUCUGCGCGCGAAUCCCGACACACAGCCUGCUACGUUCCCGGAAAUCCAUCCAUCCAUCCAUCCAUCCAUCCAUCCAUCCAUCCAUCCAUCCAUCCAUCCAUCCAUCCAUCGUCCAGGGUCCCUACUGUGUGCCACUCUGGGCUGGGGACCCAACCCUCCUACAGUCCAGAGCUCCUCUUUCUCUUUCCCCUGCCCCUGCUGCGUGCUGCUAGUGCGGAAAUUCACUCCCUAAAGGUCCAGAGAGCUCAAGCCCAGACAGAACCAGCGCGAUCCGCGCCGCCAGAGGCGGCAGGUCUUGGCCAGCCCGGGAGCGCGCGUCUCCGCGGCCGCGCGGGGUCCCCCCUGUCUGGCGCUCAGGUGACUUCGCCGCCCACUCCGCCUCUCCCUUCCCCUCCCCUCUCCAGCAAGGGUCGAGUUCGGCUGUUGCGCGCGGGGAAAGGAAGGAGGGGCUAGGAGGGAUUUGAAAGUGCUCGGGCUGCCGAGUGGAGCUCGCGUCUGUCCCCGCCGCCCGCGAGCGGAUUAAAUUUCUGCAAAUUCAAACUGAAUGAGGCUUUCUUCUGCUGCCUUCCAGAGGGCGCCUGCAGCCCGCCGCGCGCUCCUCUCCGGCGGGAGCGGCCCCGGGGCGCACCGCUGACGACCCGGCGGGCUAGAGGGCGGCGGCGCCUGGGCUUGGGGGACCCGGCUACCCGACCUCGCUCCUCUCGGACCAGCAGCUGCUCGCUCCAGCACCCGAGCAGGGCACCCGACGGGACGGCGGACGCGAUCUGAGCGACCGAUCCUCCGAGGAGUAACUUCUCGGGGGCGGGUCCCCGGUCGCCCCGUCGCCAGCUAUUGUCUGCGCGCCGCGCUCGCACGGAGGCGCGGGGGGCGUAAGCGCGGAGACCCGGGCCGGGCGGGGCCGGGUCCAGGGCGGCGGCAGGAGGAGCCGGGGCAGCCCCGGGCAGCCGGAGGAGGAGCAGCGGCGAGCGCGGGAGCGGAGCGGGCGCGAUGCCGGCAGCGGCGGGAGACGGGCUCCUGGGCGAGCCGGCGGCUCCCGGGGGCGACGGGGGCGCGGAGGACGCAGCCAGGCCGGCGGCGGCCUGCGAGGGAAGUUUCCUGCCCGCCUGGGUGAGCGGCGUGUCCCGCGAGCGGCUCCGGGACUUCCAGCACCACAAGCGCGUGGGCAACUACCUCAUCGGCAGCAGGAAGCUGGGCGAGGGCUCCUUCGCCAAGGUGCGCGAGGGGCUGCACGUGCUGACCGGGGAGAAGGUAGCCAUCAAGGUCAUCGAUAAGAAGAGGGCCAAAAAGGACACCUACGUCACCAAAAACCUGCGGCGAGAGGGCCAGAUCCAGCAGAUGAUCCGCCAUCCCAACAUCACGCAGCUCCUGGACAUCUUAGAGACAGAAAACAGCUACUACCUGGUCAUGGAGCUGUGCCCCGGGGGUAACCUCAUGCACAAGAUCUAUGAGAAGAAGCGCCUGGAGGAGGGGGAAGCCCGCCGAUACAUCCGGCAGCUCAUCUCUGCGGUGGAGCACCUGCACCGGGCUGGGGUGGUCCACAGAGACUUGAAGAUAGAAAAUUUGCUGCUAGAUGAAGACAAUAACAUCAAGCUGAUUGACUUUGGUUUGAGCAACUGUGCAGGGAUCCUGGGUUACUCGGACCCAUUCAGCACACAGUGUGGCAGCCCUGCCUAUGCUGCCCCGGAGCUGCUUGCCAGGAAGAAAUACGGCCCCAAAAUUGAUGUCUGGUCAAUAGGCGUGAACAUGUACGCUAUGUUGACCGGGACCCUGCCUUUCACAGUGGAGCCUUUCAGCCUGAGGGCUCUGUACCAGAAGAUGGUGGACAAAGAAAUGAACCCUCUCCCCACCCAGCUCUCCACAGGGGCCAUCAACUUCCUGCGCUCUCUCCUGGAACCAGAUCCCGUGAAGAGGCCAAAUAUUCAGCAAGCCCUGGCGAAUCGCUGGCUGAAUGAGAAUUACACCGGGAAAGUGCCCUGCAAUGUCACCUAUCCCAACAGGAUUUCUCUAGAAGACCUGAGCCCCAGUGUGGUGCUGCACAUGACUGAAAAGCUGGGCUACAAGAACAGCGACGUCAUCAACACGGUGCUCUCCAAUCGCGCCUGCCACAUCUUGGCCAUCUACUUCCUGUUAAACAAGAAACUCGAGCGCUAUUUGUCAGGGAAAUCUGACAUCCAAGAUAGCAUCUGCUACAAGACCCAGCUCUACCAGAUAGAGAAGUGCAGAGCCACCAAGGAGCCCUACGAGGCCUCCCUGGACACCUGGACAAAAGACUUUGAAUUCCAUGCUGUGCAGGAUAAAAAGCCCAAAGAACAAGAAAAGAGGGGUGAUUUUCUCCAUCGUCCGUUUUCCAAGAAGUUGGACAAGAGCCUGCCCUCCCACAAACAGCCCUCAGCCUCACUCAUCACACAGAUCCAGAACACCAAAGCCCUGCUCAAAGACCGGAAGACUUCCAAAGCAGGCUUUCCCGACAAAGAUUCCUUCGGCUGCCGCAAUCUUUUCCGCAAAACCUCUGAUUCCAGUUGUGUGGCUUCUUCUUCCAUGGAGUUCAUCCCUGUCCCACCUCCCAGGACGCCCAGGAUUGUAAAGAAACUAGAGCCACACCAGCCAGGGCCAGGAAGUGCCAGCAUCCUCCCCAAGGAAGAGCCGCUGCUGCUGGACAUGGUACGCUCCUUUGAGUCUGUGGAUCGCGAGGACCACGUAGAACUGCUGUCCCCUUCCCACCACUAUAGGAUCCUGAACUCACCUGUGAGCUUGGCUCGGAGGAAUUCUAGUGAGAGGACACUCUCUCCGGGGCUGCUGUCUGGAAGCACCUCACCUCUCCAAACUCCACUGCAUUCCACGCUGGUCUCUUUCGGUCAUGAAGAUAAGAGCAGCUCCCCGAAAGAGGAGGGUGUGUGUUCCCCUCCUCCGGUUCCCAGCAAUGGCCUCACACAGCCUCUGGGGAGCCCCAACUGUGUGAAAAGCAGGGGAAGGUUCCCCAUGAUGGGCAUUGGACAGAUGCUGAGGAAGCGGCACCAGAGCCUGCAGCCUUCCUCCGAGAGGUCCCUGGAGGCCAGCAUAUCCCCGCUGCAGCCCACGGCCCCCUCCAGCCUCUCCUUUGACCUGGCUGAUGGUGUAAAGGGCCAGUGUUAACACGGGAUGGCAAGAUUCUGGGUCUCCGUGAGGACAGCAAUGGAACAGUGCUCCUCACAUACAUCAGGGCAUGAGCAGUCAACCUCACAAGAGCAUCCUUUAUUCCUUCCGCACAAUGUUCCAAGCUCAGAUCAGCUGCAAUCCACAGACUCAAAGCCCACACGCCAAGCCUCACUUAGGAACCCUAUGAGAUGCUGAGAACCAGGGGGGCUGGUUAUAGGAGCCAUCCAUUCCAGUCUGAGACCCUCUUUCCUACAACCCCUCAUCCAGUCCUCUCCAGUAUCCCCCGGCUGGGCUCAGAGCUGAAAACCACACCCCCAUCUGCGGGACCACUCGGAUUUCCAGAUCGGUACCUGGCCUUCCUUCCCUCCUCCGCUCCAUGUGUGCCUCUCACAGACUGUUCUGUUCAGUGGCCAGUCACAGUCUCACAGGGACCAUGCCACUGCAAGGACGUUCACCCAGCCUAGGGAUUCCUCCCGAGGAAAGCAACCUUUUAUACCCUACCUGUGAGCCCCUGUGGGAGAGCAGAAUUGGUGAGGCACAGUGCCAGACCCCAGGAACCCCAGAGGAAGAUGGGAUAGAGCCUCAGACAAAGAUGGAACCCAACUGUGAGAGCCCAGAUGGAAGAUGAAGACUGAAAACACUCAUUCCCAUGCAAUGUUUUCACAAAUGGUCUUUUCUGCCUUUAUUUUUCCUUUUUUUUUUUGAUUGAAACUUGCUAAGAUUGAAUGAACUUGUCCAAAGAAAUCUUUCUUUAUAUGAUGCUAUUAAAUUGAAGUAACUCCCUUUUUCUUUCUUUUCUUUUUUCUUUUUUUCUUUUUUCUUUGAGUCAGGGUCUCAUUGAGUAGCCCAGGUUGACUUCAAACUCAUCAUCCUCCUGCCUCAGCUUCCAGAGUGCUGGGAUUGCAAGUGUAUACCCCUUUGUCUGGCUCAAAAUAACAAUUUUUAAGAGCCUAGGUGGCCAGAUGGGAAGUACUUCGACCAAAUUCAUGUUUUUCUGCGAGGCUGUAGCCCAGACGGCCAGAAAGCUGGUCUGGGUGCCGAUGGUAGCAGCAUUAGACCCUGGUGGCCUGCAUGAGGGACAGCAGCCUAGCCAUCCUGUGUUUACAUUGUGGCAGCAGCUGAAGACAUAGAACAUAGCUCCGGAAGGUUCUGGAGAAAGAGAGAAGGGAUUCUUAAGGCAGAAUUGAGAUGCAAGAAGGAGGCAUUUGCUGUAUGUUCUUCUGCUGCGGUUGGAGCUUAGCUGUGCUGGGGGCUGGGAAAAGGCUUGCCCACUGGGAGCAUGUUCGUGGACAAUUUCGUCCCCAAAGAAAGCAGUGUCCUCCACGUUACAGUCUGCGCCUUCCCCCUCCAGGAUUGAACCAAAGAUGCAUUUCUGGUUUUGUGACUGUGACGCCCCUUGUGUCUUUUGUGGAAUCUGGUGUUGUCUGAUCAUGUCCAGCUGGCACUUGAUGGGGGACUGGCUCUGUGUGGAUCCUGGACCCUGGUACUCAGCAGGGGACUGCUCAGUCAUGAGCAGCAUUGUAAGGAGAGGAAGAAUCGGUACAAGUUGGGUCACAGUUGGUUUAGGAGAUGAGUUAUGGAAGAGCCCAGAAUCUUUGAUCUUUGGCUAUUUCAGAUGUAAUCAGAGACCACACCUGUAGCCGUGAAGCCAGGUUCAUUGUCUUGGUCCACUGAUUCUGAAGUGGGCUAAUUUCAUUAAAAUCACGAAGCCAGCCUUUGCCAGUGGGGGAUGAGACAGCGUCACCGUCUCUCAUUUACCAAUGGUGGCAUCCUUCGGCCUCUCACCCCUCUGACUGGGCAAGAAGAGAACACACAUUUGGCCAACCCUGGAAGCAAGAUGUUCUAGUCUUGGCUGAACUUGGAAAGACCUGGGCUGCUUAGUCCUAGGGAGGGACUCACCCCUCCCUAGGGCCUGUUAGGAGGAGGCCAGGCUUCAGCUCAGCUUCCAGGACUUAACAUUGAAAACAGACCUCUCUAAGCAGAGGGAAGAGAAGAAUCAUCUACAGACGCUGUAUUGGCGCAAUGUGUUUGAGUUUUGAUGGGUGAAGAAUCCCUUUUGAAAGAUGACUGCCAACUGUAACCCUCUGGCUCUGCAAGUUGGUAGGAUGUAUACCUGUGUGCCCUGCCCCCUUUUUUGUAGCCCCUUAUGUCUUUUUCUGGCUGUCUGCUCUCCUCACGUGUGUGUGUGUGUGUAUGUGUGUGUGUGUGUGUGUGUGUGUUGGUGUUCACUUAUGGAGAAAGUGUUUCCCAUUCUUCGAACGCUUCGAGAAUGGUGUCAGAUGCACCCCCAGCUGCCCGUGUUGCCACUGGUAACCGACUCGGAACUCAGGUGUGUAGUGAACCCAGCGGGAGGCAAAGGGGAGCAGGAGGGGAGACGAGCUGUGUUUGGGGGUGUGCAUGCACCUGACAGACAACUCUGUGAAACCAAGGGGAAGAAGAAAUGUUAAAUUCUUGUUUUAUUAUAUUUAUAUGGAAAACUUGACUAUCCUUUUGUUAGGUAUGGAGUGUCGUCUGUUGGACCCAUGACCAUCCUUCAUGAGUCUUUGCCUGUGAUUUAUUUCAGUCAGCCUGUGGCUACUGAUGGGAAGGGCCGAACUGUCAUUGUGUGAAGUCCAGGAGGAAGAGUCCAUUUUAGUUGUACGGUUUGGUCAUAAGUAAGGACUAUAUUUAUGUCACCAUUAUUGAAUAUAUGUACUUUUAUAAUGGCUGUGAAAUACACUUUUUCCUCACUA